AGAGCCCGUCUGCGGCUCUUGAAUGCAGCUCGCAUACAGGGUCAACGAGUCGAAGUUCGGACCAAACUUGACGCCUCCACAUUUUAUCUGCAGCAGCCACGAUGGCCGGACCUCCUAUCAUCAUAUGGAAAGAUGAAGUCGAGCGCCUGUUGCGUUACAGAGAUCUGGUCCCACGUCUGGAGGAAGCUUUGGGGAAGUUCUCCAGACGGGACAGCGCAGAGGUGAUCCAGCCUGUGCGCAGUACAGUGCCCCUGCAGAAACACCGCGGCUUCAUGGGAUCGAUGCCGACAUACAUGGAGAAUGACGGAGUCCUGAGCACAAAGUUAGUGUGUUUUUACGACAGGAAGAAAGGUUCAUCUCUGCCAGCCACGCAAGCCACAGUGGUGCUGCUGGAUCCAGAAUAUGGGAAUGUAAAGGCUGUCAUGGAUGGAGAAGUCAUCACCAGGAUGAGGACAGCUGCAGCCUCAGCCAUCUCUGCUAAGCUGCUGAUGCGUCCUGAUGCAGAAGUGCUGGCAAUCUUGGGGAGUGGCCACCAGGCCCUGAGCCAUUACAAUGUGUUCACUGAAAUGUUCUCAUUUAAAGAGGUGCGUGUCUGGAGCCGCACAAGAAAGUGGGUGGAGAAGUUUUCUCAGUCUGUGAGUGGUCCGGUGAAGAUCUGUGACUCAGUGGAGGAAGCAGUGAGGGGAGCGGAUGCCAUAGUGACAGUAACCAGAUGUACAGAGCCAGUGCUCUUUGGUCAGUGGGUGAAACCAGGAGCCCACGUGGCAGCAGUGGGAGCUUGCAGGCCAAACUGGCGGGAGUUGGACGACGUGAUGAUGAAGGAGGCGGUGGUGUACACUGACAGCAGAGAGGGAGCAAUGGCCGAGUCCGGUGACAUCAUCCUCUCUGGGGCUGAGGUGUUUGCAGAGCUUGGAGAGGUUAUAAAUGGGACAAAACCUGCCCACCGAGACAAGACGACUGUGUUCAAAUCCCUUGGAAUGGGAGUUGAAGAUGCAGUAUCUGCUGAGCUGGUAUUUCAAGCUUCAAGGUUCAAGGAAUCUUCCCCGAGGGGAAAUUUGUUGUCCAGCAGCAAGAUGUAACAUAAAUAACACAUAUACAAACAAACAACAGCAAUCAGUGAAAGACAAAAUAAAUACAUACUACAUAAAAGUUCCACAUCUCACAUUGAGUUAUUAAAAAAAAGCCUAGAGCAGCAGGAACAGAAUAGUUUUAGUGUCUGUUUGUUCUGCAUUUAAUCAGGCAGAAUCUGCGGCCAAAAUAAACCAACCCCCCCUAAAAAAAUAGGUCCAUGUUCACGGUCGUUGUACGUCAGCAGCGACACUAGUGCCAAAAUGUGCUCAGCAUGUUCUCUACUUUGUCCUUAUAAUUCAAAUUUGCAAGCUUAAGUUCCUUUUUAGCUUGUUUUUGAAGUACUCUGUAUUGAGUCAUGUCACUUUGGUUGGUUAAUUAGUGUGAAAAGGAUAAAACAACCCGUCAAACUGAGGUGAGUCAUUGCUAUGACCGUCACACGCAGAUCACUUAAAGUCCAGGUCAGUAGGGACAAUAAAAACAGGUUAAACGUUAAAAGACAACACUCUCACUCUGCACACUGCUGCUGCUGCCUGUCGCCAUUACAGCGCCAGUCCUUAACCAAGCCAAGCAACCAUGAAGAGGCCAUGUGUUUAAAUCUUGACCUCUCUGUUUGCCCUCUGUAGGACUCAAGCUGAUUAUCAAGAAAGAGGACAGCAAAUAAUCUAGAUUUUACUUUGGUGCAUUCACCCUAAAUAAAAAAAAAAGAAAGCCACUGCUAUAUAACCUGAUGAAAGUAUCUAAUACUGAGGCGGCUAGUUGAUUAAUCAUUGUCAAAAAGAGAGAGAGUGCAGUACUUCUGAAAAUCUGUUUAAAGAAUUUAUCGAGCAAUUUAAAGAGACUGUAGCAAUGCUAGUUAGGCACAGUGGUGUUUUGAGCUAAAUACUAACAUUUGACAUUUAUCACGUGUAAUGUUCACCAUGCCAAUAUUAGCAAAUGAGCAAAGCAGGAGGACUGUCUUUAGCUUUUAUAGUAAUUUGUGUUAACACUGCCGUCCUGUGAGUGAUGUCACUACCAUGGUUAAAAAUGUCAAUCAUUAGGCUGGUUCCUGCUUCUCAAAUGUGAUUUUUUGUUGUUGUUGUAAGACAAUUUUCUUUGUGUUUUAGCUUGUUGGUUAGCAAAUGAAUACAAACACUUUGAAGACA